AUGACGAGUGACCCAGUUGCUAAAUACCUGCUUUUGGAAUUUUCGACGUUAACAUGGUUCGGCCGUCCCCUGUUCCAGUGUUGCAUCGGUGUGGAGCGCUACCUGGCUGUCAUUCACCCUUUGACCUUCAUCAGGUUCAAGCCCUUGAGAUUCAGAGUAGUCUGCAGUGGACUGAUGUGGGUCGCCGUAACAGUCAUCCUGUUGAGCAUUGGGAAAGUUGAUGAACCAGAAGGCAUUAUUACAAUCAGCUUUUUCAUGACACUGUCUGUAAUUAUGUUCUGUUGUUUGUCAGUUCUUUGGUCCUUGAAGCAGCCAGGGCCAGUAGAGACAGAGAGGACAGCGGGUAACAUUAUUAAGAGAAGAGCCUUCAACAUCAUUUCAUUGAAUCUGGGAAAUCUUUUGGUUACUUAUUUGCCCACCAUUGUGAUCUCAUCUUUGAAAACUAUUUUGUCUCUGAAUAUCUUUUUUUAUCUGUUUAUUUCUGCUAUGUGUCUGACAGUGUUGGGUGGGAUUGCCCAACCUUUACUUCAUCUGCAAAAGGCUGGGAAACUGCCUAGGUGGCCCAACCCAGUGACCUAUCAGGAUAACGCCAACCCUGAGCCUCCUCACAGUCCUCUGGGGCCCAGGGGCCACCGAGGGCCAGAGAAGGUGCCGGCUCCCAGAAACAAUAGAGGAGACUGUGUCCGGUCGGCCAGCGCCCGGGCUGAGGCAGAAGGCGCCCCGUAA